AUGCAGAGAUAUAGUAGUGAAUUCUUAACGUUGCAAUAUUUUCACUCUGACACAUACAUGUAUAACGAUUACGGCACACCAUCUUCAACGUCCAUUCUUGGUGAAAACCACCUUAUUCUUCCUCAGUUAUCACCCGGCAACCUGUUCUUGGCCACCCCAGGGCCCGACACAAAAGUAUCGGGCAUAUCUGCUCAUCCAGGUACACAGAUAUCUUCCACCGAUGUAUUCCGUAUGGGAUUGCAACAACAAUCAGAACUGGUUCGCGCCCAUAGAGAGUUUUUCAGAAAUAUCAACUAUUCCUCGCCAAGUCUACAAAACAGACUUUUGGGAUCCCAAUACUCUACAAAACCUCCCGGUUCGCUGUCUCCAAAACAAAAUUGCUGUUCAUUAGUAACACCAAAACCCUUCGGGCCCCUUUUCCAAACUCGGCGCAGUCACAAGUUUCCCGAAAACCAUGUUGCAUUCAUCAGCCCUGUGAUGAAGUACACUGUCACUGAUUAUCGCCUCCUACCCCAGAUAUACACGCCUCCGAGAACACUAGGCCCUGAUCUCAGUUCGGAUGACUACAAGCAAAAAGUAAGUGGACCAUCCCUCUUGCUUCACUUUCAACCACUGAUCCUCUACAAUGAAAUGAAAAUCAAUGAUUCAGUAGUCCAUGUCUGUGGAUUGAUUUGA